AUGGUCAGUUUAAGCAGUAUGUUCCAUCGCAAGGCGCAAGCAACGCUUGUUCUCCUCCCCGAUGGCUCUAUGAAACUUUACACUGGCAAGAUGGAAGCGGGCGAUCUAAAAUCCGAGUAUCCGAACUAUUACGUCACAUCGGACGCGGACCAACCGACGCCACUAGCUUCAGACACACGAUUGGAACCAGGCGGGACGUACUAUUUAAUUGAGAUACAGGGUGAAGUUUCUGCACCGCAAAUCUCCACAGCGAAGUUGGCGGGUGCGGCCACCGCGACGCCGGCUGCAGUCGAAGCUACGCCGGAGGAUUCGGAGAGUGAAUUCGAGGGGGUAGAUGACGACCUGCUCUCGUACUUGACCCUGAACGACACGUCUGGGCCCGACCCCGCCGUCGAUAAAACUCGCCGGAGCUUGGACUCUCGCGUGACCAGGUUCGGAACGGAGGACCUUUCCGGCUCCCCCGCCAACAGCCCCGCCUUCCGCAGCUUCCGCGGCUCCCCGGGCUCCGCCGUCCCGUCGCCGGCGGCCAUCGCGCCCUCUCGCCGUCGAUCGAUGGGCGAGUACCCCUCGACAAUGAGCCCCAUGGGCGUUGCAGGAGCGCACGCAGGCGGAGGCAGCGGGGACAUGUUGGGCAUAACAAACCCGUUUCAUAGAGCACUGGGCGGAUCAGGGCUGAAGACGAUGCAGGCGGGCUCGAACACGGGAAGCCCAGCGGUGUCCCGGGCUGUGGUGGGUCAGCAGGGAUCCACGUCGCCAGCGACGCACCUGGAGAGGAGAGAGAGCAUGAGUUCGGGUUCUGCUGGGUCAGGUUCAGGUUCGGGGUCAUCCCUGAUGGUGUGGUAG